AAGAUUUUUUUUUUCUGCUUACAGAGCGGCAGUUCUGGACUCCUGUUGAGUCCCAGACGGAAAGUUUAACGGUUAUGUGCAGAAAGCGGCUCUGACUCUUCCUCACAUCUGCCGUCAGAAGGAGAAGAGAGAGAGAGAGAGAGAGAGAGAGAGAGAGAGGAGGAGGGGGGGGGGGGGGAGAAAAACAGAUUUGCAUAAAGUAGGGAGAGGAACAAAACGAUGCCGCUCGUGUUGGAGGAAGUCUACUAGUUUGAACACAGCCUCGGGAUAAAGUGAGAGAAACCCUUCUUCUCCUUGGUAGCUAGCUUCCCUGUUCUUGUGUUUUUGAAUGGUGGGCAGUUUUUCCUGUCUGAGCGGAUUGUCAAGGUGAAGCUUCAGCUGGAGAACCGACACUCGGCUGAUCGGUGGGCCCAGGUUUAUUCAAAUCUAAACCAAUCAGGUUUUCCAUACCAGACGUCACGUUCAGUUGGAUAAAAGCCAUCUGGGUGAAAAGAUGGACCUUAGAUAACAGCAGCUGCAGGUCUGCCUUAAUCUUGAAGUUCAGCCGACCUCGAGGCGUCCAUCGUCCAACCAAAAUGGCUGAUCCCACUGGGCUGAGCCCCGAGGUCGAGGGGGCAGGUGUGGCCGAGGUCAACGCCUGUAGUUUGGAAAUUGAGCGAAAAUAUGACAUCAUCCCCACCAUCAUCUGCUCCAUGUGUUGCCUUUUUGGCAUCAUCUACUGUUUCUUUGGCUACCGCUGUUUCAAGGCCGUCAUGUUCCUGUCCGGUCUCAUGUUCGGCUCGAUCAUCAUCUUCCUGCUGUGCCACAAGGAGCACAUUCUGGACACUCAGCUGAGCGUGGAGGCCAGCGCAGGCAUCGGCCUCGGCAUCGGCCUGCUGUGCGGCCUGGUCACCAUGCUGGUGCGAAGCGUCGGCCUCUUCAUGACCGGCCUGAUGCUGGGACUCCUGCUCUCUCUGGCCGGCCUGCUGGUCACUCACCAGUUCCACACGCCGACCACGCUCUGGGUGCCCCUGGGCACGCUGCUGGGCACCGGCAUGCUGUUUGCUGUGCUGACGCUGCAGUGGCAGAAGACCUUCACCGUGCUCUCCACGGCCGUGUUCGGAGCUGCUAUCAUGACCGUGUGCGCUGAUUACUUUGUGGAGAUGCUGGCUCUUGCCAAUCACGUAUAUGACUGCUUGCGCCUCACGCCCGGGCCGGCGCUGUGCUGGUACAGCUGGGUCAUUCUGGGCAUCUGGCCCGCCCUCAGCCUCAUAGGAGUACUGAUCCAGUGGAAGAUGACAGGUGACAGCUUCUCACACACUGAGGUUGUCAUCAGCCGGAGACAGAAGCGGGUUCAGCUGAUGCGGAUUCGAGAGAAGGACGGCAAGAAGCGACAGCAGGCAGGUGGGCAGGAAGGCACAUACCGCCGUAAAGCCACCCCAGUGAAACGUUACGCUGGGGAUCUACUGGCACCGAGCUACCUGCAAAGUCUGCGAGAUCGGCAGAUGGGAACAGGUACUUCCCUUAGCAGCCUCGGCACCACCAACCCGACCAUGGUCGACAUGGACUGCGAGACCGGGUCCAUGGUUCCCCUCACAGCCACGACUCCAGUCGUCAGGGUCUGACCAACGCAGAGGAAAAAGUCCGGACUUCCUGAUUCCUGGUGGGAGGUAUCUUCAUCAGGAGAUUCCUUUGGUUGGAGGGUCUUUGUCACGCAGAGCAGCACAUCCCAACUGCUCUAGUGUCUCUAAUUGCUGUGAAGUAGAUCUGGUAGAGAGGAUGUGGUUUUUUUGUUGUUGUUGUUUUUAUGUUUGUUUUGCGGUGAGUCCUGUGUGUCAAACAGAAUGCCACUGAGGGAUAACAAGCAUCGAACUCUGUUUUGAUGCUGUUGAAACCACUAUGACCACUGUGUGUCUCCGAGAAAUGGUAUCCAGUCAAUACUAACAGAAAAAGGUCUCCCAUUUCCACUUAUUGUGUAUUUGAUACACAGCAACAACUGGAAGCCUCAGAAACAGACGUGUCUCUGCGUUUAGUGUACUGUACUUCAGAAGUUUGCCAUUACCAUGAAGAGUUUUAGUAUUACACGUCUCACAUGCUAGUUGGGUGGUUGUAGGAUUUGAUGAAGUAAUCCGUUUGAUUUUAUGUACUUCUUUUAUUUUUAGAGAUGCACCAAUCUUUUGUUUUUCUGCUGAUUUUCAAAGCGUCUUUGAGGUCUGAGCAGAUUAGUGUUUCAGUUUCUGUAAAGCAUGUACUGCAGGUUCCUCAGUAGACGUUUUAGUGUUGGGCUUAAUAUAAAAUAAACAGUAAAAACAUCCCCGUUUGUUCAUCACAGCACUUCCCCUAAUAUUUAUCUGAACUAUUCUGAACUCCUUAACCUUUAUCUGGUGUUCAGUGAAAAACACACCAAGGUACCUGCUGUUGGUUUUGUUUAACUUACAGCAUUAAAAUGUAAAUAUUUUCAGUUCUUUUCCACUUAACUUCCAAAAAAAAAAAAAUUUUAUUUCUCAGCAAAAUGUGGUGGAUUAAGGGUGAUUGGCCGGCACCUUGACCAGCAAAUAUUUACCAUCCAGAAAAGAGAUUUUACUAGGAAAAUUUAUCCUUUCACGGUGGUAUUUCUUGAUCCAUUUAUGAAAUUGUGAAAAAUCCAAUUGGUAUGUUUAAAAAAAAUGUUUUGGAAAUAUUGGACCUUUCCUACGUUCACAUUCUCUUUUUUUGAAUUUGGUUUAACAUUUUACUAAAAUAUUAGAAAACACUGAUCCGCAAAGUUUUGAGAAGAUUAAAUCACAUUUACACAUCAGAAUGUAAAUAAUGUUCUGUUUCAUCUUUAUCUGCGCUAGUGUAUUAGUAAUAAAUUACUACAUAAACAGUGUUUUUAAUUCAAGAAGGGUUAUUCACUGAAAAAUGCAUGUGGUGAAGAAAUGGUUUGAUUGUUCAGAAUUACUGAUCAGAGCUCAGUGAGGGAAAAUUAGCUCAUUUCCGAUACCUGGCCAAUUGAUUGGUGCGUCUCUAUUUGUUUUCUGUGUGGAAAAAUGGUGAGAUGUGAUGUGAGUUUGUGGCGUCUGACAAUGUAAAGUAUGAAAAAUCUGCAGAGAAAGUGUUCCUCAAUGUUCCCUGCUGGAGCCUCCAGGAUCUUGUUUUAGAUCUACCGUAGAUCUGUUUUUUUUUAUUUUUAUUUUUUAUUUUUUUUAUUCAUAGCUUUGGUCAGAACACAGUCAGUAAAAGAUGUAUGCUAAUGUCUUAUAAACGUAAUUUAUGUGAUAAUCUAGUACCUGGUAGUGUUUUAAAAAAGGACAAAACUGCAUGUUUGAGGGGUUUUUUUGUUGCCCUUUUUUUGUAGGUUGUGUUUAAAGAUUUAUUGUUUCAUUUGUUGUUUUUCAAAAACAGCACACUUGUUGCCUGAAUGUGUAAAUACUUGUUAAUAGUUUUCACAGAUUUUAAUAAAAAAAAAAGUUUUAACUCAAAA